GUGCUAAGACAACUCUGCAUUCCCUGGGUGUAAUAAAUGGACGUGCUGCCUCUUUGCCCUGAUUGUAAAUUCAAAACUGACGUUUUCAUUUCGUAGACUUUUUAAUUCUUGUUUCUUCGGGGAGCGACGUUUUGAUUGAGCUCCUCAAGCGAUUUUCCAUCUGGCUAUUCACUUUUGAAGCUGGGCUCCUCGUUCAUUCCUAAAUCUUCCUUCUCAGCCUUCCUCCACCAUCAGUUCGACAACAUUUCAACUCAAGCUAUCUCAUAGAACAAGAUGCGCAAACAUAUCAUGAGUGUUCUUCAGUCUUUAUGGAACAUUGCUAUUCUGUGCAGCUUCCUUCUUAAUGGAGUUUGCGCUCAGAGUGGUGCACUGGCCCCAACCAGCAAAGAAUCAGCUCCCAAUCCAAUCGCAGAUAUCUACCCGAACGGAAUUACUGGUACCUUCAACAGUACCAUUUUCGUCAUCCCAAUUUCCUAUAAGCUUGCUCGGUCUCUCAUCCCGAAACAAUGGAGAAUCAAUAAAAAGGCUUAUCGUGAGCUCCUUCCUGGCUUUCCCAAGGACUCUUAUCCUCUCGUGGUUCGUUCUGGGGUUGAUCACGAUGUUGGACUCAAGGCUAUAGGCUUCAAGGUGGACGACUUCCAGACUGUCCACACCUUCUUUCCAUUCGUCGACCUCUUCAAUGAUGGUUAUUCCAGCUACACUUACAACAAAUACCUCCUCAUCACAGCCACAAACCUUCUAGGUAUAGGUGCUCUCCCUGAGUAUGGAACAGUUCCAGUCCCUGCCACUUUCAGCCCAGAUCUCGAGGCGUAUGGUUACUCUGGAGAUACUCCCUGCCCGGAAGAAAGAUAUCUCAAUGCUUAUAGCGCAUUCGAACUAGCACCGAGGCCAACUGUUGCGAUGAAGUUCAAGGACAUUAACAAAGUUACACCUUGGCACACGAAUUUCUACGUUAAUGUAACCAAUCAGCCAAUUAUGACCAAUGGUACCUUAUGUGACAAUCAAAUAUUCUUCUACAACACAACUCUGUCGAGCGAUAUCAAUACCCCUCGUGGAGUAAAGGGAUCAAUCAUGUUGAGCGCUCCUCUGCUCCCUGAAGAUACUACAUUCAAGGACGUCUUCGGGAUUCGAGUUGAUACUGCAUUCCUCGAGAUCACCUCGGUGCCAUGUGCUGACUUGCAAGGAUACCAUGGAACUGGACCGGGUGAUCGGGGUACUUCCGAUGGUAAGUCAGCAUGAGCUAGUUUGGUUCUGUAGCCCGCACAUACAAUGGUCAAGCAAGUCAUGACAGGCCCUUGUGGUCGUUGUGCUACCGCGGCACUGUUCCUUUUUGAGACGUGCUAAUCAGUAUUGUAGUUCACUGAUAUAAAUGUUACUUUGAACCCCAUGGUUAAUUUUUGAUGUUUCUGUGAACAUUCCCUAUGCCUGCAGCAGUUUAUUCAUUCCUUGGGUUGCUGCCAAGUGCGAACUGAAAGUGAAUCACAUUAUGAUGCAAUCUCCGCAGGCAACACAUUCUAGCCGGAAGUAUAAGAAGAGUCUAACAAGAUUGUUAGAUAUACAUGCCUACUUAUUAAUGCAGAAUGAAUUUUCCU